CUACUGCUAGGCUGAGUUGAUGAGUUACUGAAUUUCAAAUGUUACAGUUAGGACUUGGUGACCGCCAGUUUAUUUGAAGCUGCACUUUGUUCUCAAUUUUCAAUCGUCAUGGCCAACAAAGGACUGAAGAUUGAUCCAUCAGAAGGAACAAGAUUACGAACCCUCAAGGAAUCCAUCAAUAACAGUGUCGAGAAAAUCUUAGGAGGAUAUAAAGCAUCCGUUUAUGCUAAGUGUUUCCCAUCUUUAAUUCCAAAGAAUGAAGCAGCUCUUGAAACAGUUAGGGUAACUCUGGUUGAUAAAGUUCGAGAUGCAAUGUAUGAAGACCUCCAGCAAUUGAUUGAUAAUAGUGUAGCUGAACCUCUAGAGCAGUUGAGAAUUUUGGUCAAGAACCAUUCAGGACCAAAGGACGUACAAGCGUGGAGACCAUCAGGUGAUCCUGUGUCAGAUAUUCGUGCCCAUGAUGCAAAGGUUUUGCAGCAUGAAAAGCAGCGACUAGUAGAAGCAGUUACCCAGGAACAAAAGAAAUCUGAAGAGUUGUUAAUGAAGGUCAAAGCAGGUCGAGAGCAGUGUCACAAAAAUAGCCAGGAAAUCCAGAAUUGUCUGUCAGAACUAUCAGAGGUCCAAGACUUGUGCAACUCCUUAUCUAAAAACUAUAUGGUAUCAUCUUGUGAAGAGGCUGUUACAGAUUUUGUGCAAUAAACUUUUUUCAGGUUUAAGGCUUGGUAUGGUUUUAAAAAAGAAGAGAUCAGAUCAGGUUGUUAGAGCCCUCACUC